AUGGCAACAGGGAAGGGAGGGCAGUCGCAGGGAAGGACGGCACGGCCUGGAAGGCCACCAAAACCAGGGAGGGAGGGUCAGGCCCCCGGCCGCGAAGGGCGGGGAGGCGUCCGGAGGGCUCCAGCGCGCAGGCGAGCCGGCCCCGAGCGGACCCGAGAGAGCGGCGCGGAGGGAGGGGAAGGGCAGGGGGGCACGGGAGGGCCCGGGGGAGGGACGCGCCGCGGGCAGGCGCACAAGCCGCAGGCGAGGGAAGGGAGGGGCGUGCCCGCGGAGGGCGCCCAGCGGCGACCGGCGCGGCCGGACCGGAAGGCACAGGCUACCCGGCAAGGGCAACCGGCGCAGGGCGGAUGGCGCCACCAAGGGCACGGCGAGGGCGGGACGGCCCGACGUCCGCCAGGCGAGGCGCCAGCGGAGGGCAGGGCCAGGCGCCGGGCCAGGGAGGGCGGCAGGCGGGCGGGAAGACCGGAGCGCGCAGCGGAGGCACGCGGGACGCCCGGACCGGGGGACGGGCGGCCACGCCGAAGGGACCCCCCAGGCCCCCCACAGGCACCCCCCCAACGCACGGCCCCGACCCCGGGCAGCGGAGGCGACGGCGCCACGGCGAAGGCGCAGGGACGCAGGCGGGAGGAGGCUAGGCGCAGGGCACGGGGCAGGGGGCCCGAGGGAGCCGAGAACGGCCGCGACGGGCAUGGCGCAGGGAGGGACGGGCAGGGAAGCGGCCCACGGCCGAGCGCCAGCGGAGGCACAGGCACGGCCAGGCACACGCGCACCAGGAAGGCCGGACCACGGGCACACGCACCGCGAGACAGAGACACGGGGGGGGCGGGCGCGACGGCAGGGAGGGCAGGGAGCCCGGCGCGGCGCCCCGGCCGGGCGCGGGCGGCACGUAGGCCCACCGCGCCCCCGGCCCGGACGGCACGGGCGGGGACGGCGCACGGCCAAGGACGGCCGCGCCAAGUGCUGGCGGGCGGGAGCGACGGGAGCCGCGAGGGCCCCAAGGGCAGGGCACCCCACGGGAGGCGACGGGCGGCGAUGGCAGGAGCGGGUCGCGGGAGGACCGAGGGACGGCGGCCGCCGGAGGCGGACGGCGAAGGGAGCCCGCCCGCCGGGCUGGGCGCGCGAGGGAGCCCGGACCCGGGCAGGGAGGCCCGGGAACCGGAGGGCCCGGAAGCCAGGAAAAGGCAGGCAGGCGCACGGACUGCCCGCACACGCGAACGGCAGGCACGGCAUGGGAGGGGGAGGGAGGGAGGGACGGGCGGGCGGGACGGGCGGGAGGGAGCGCGCAGCGGACGCCGGAGGGAGGGAGGGAGGGAGGGAGGGAGGGAGGGAGGGCCAGGGCCCGGGCGCGCGAGGACAGGCCCGGCCGGCAGCCGGCAGGGAGGCGGAAGGGCCAAGGUACGGGCCGGGGAGGGCGGGAGGGAGGCGACCGCGCGCAGGUCCGCGGCCGGGCGGCGAGACGGAGGCGUACGGGCUGGGCAAGGGGGCGGGCGGCGAGGCCGCCGCGGAGGGCGGGGAGGGCACGGGAGGGCGGGCGGGAGGGAGGGCGGGACGGGGGGAGGGACGGCCGGACCACCUGCGAACCAGGCCAGAGGGCGGGAGGUGGAGCCGGACGGGCCCGCGGAGCGGGGCGGCGAGGGCAGGGAGGCGAUGGCCAGGCGCCAAGGCGCAGGCCACACAAGCCCCCGACUGACGGGAGCCCCAGGGCAGGCGCACGCGGAGGGAGGGCGGGCAGGGCGGGAGGGCAGGGCGGGCCAGGGCAGGUGCGGGAGGGACGCGCGCGGGCCUGGGCGGCCCGGCAGGCACAGGACGGCCUGGACAGGCACCAGGGAGCGGGAGGGAGGGGAAGCGGAGGGCACGGCGAGGGAGGGCGGCCGAGGCGAAGGGAGGGACGGCAGAGCGCCGACCCGGGCCCCCCCCAGCGCGCCGUCGCGCGACGGGCACGCGCCGCAAGGCGCGCGCGCAGCGCUAGCCGGAGGGCACGGGCGGGACGAGGAGCGGGGACCACGGGAAGCCAAGGGCAGCGCCCCGGGGAGGACGGAUCGGCCGGCUCCGGCAAGGACGGCCGCGACGGAUCCAGGGACGCUGCGCCCCGCAGCGCCACACGCCGCAGGACGGGCGGGGGCAUGGCGGAGGGUACCGGGACGGGGGACCGGGACGCGCCGACGGCGCCGGGCGGGCCGCGGACGGCCGCGGGACGGCGAGGGCCAGGGAGGCCGGAAGCCGAAAGGCAAGCGACCACGGCGCAGGGCCAAGGGAGGACCCCAAGGAACCUGGAAGCCCAGGGAGGGCGGGGCAGGGCCACCGGGCGGGGAAGGGACGCAGCGAGGGCCCCGCGCCCACGCCCGGACGCCGGCAGGGAUGCGGAGGGCAGGCGAGGGAGAGGCGGGCAGGGACGGCGGCGGAGGGAGGCGGCCCGGGCAGGGAGGGCAGCGGACGGCGCAGCGGAGCGGCACGGGCGAGGCGCCGGGAGGGCGGGAUGCGCCCGCGGAGGAGCCCCCGCCAAGCGCCACAGCAGCAAAGCCGCCACGACCCGCGAACCCGGCCGCGACGGACCGGAACGGAUCGCGACCCGGACCGGCCGGGCCGGGAGGGGGCGGGAGCGGCCAGCGCAAAGUCCAGGCCGGGAGAGGGCGGGCAGGGCGGGCGGGCACCGGCCCACGGGCACGGCGACGGGCGCGGCGAGGGCGGGACAGGGCAGGGAGGGCAGCCGGUGGACUGGCGGGAGGGCGGGACGGACGGGCGGGCGGGACGCGGCGGGGACAGGCAGGGACGGGGGACGGGCAGGGAGGGCGGGCGGGCGGGACGGACAAGCAGGACCCCUCCUGA